UGAUCCGUAUAGAGAAAGCGGUGCAACAAGAUUUAAGCUUGAGAAUCUCAUAUAUACAUUUCAAACCACUAAGCCUCUCUCUCUCUGUCUUUACUCGUCUAUGCCUUGUCAAAAUUCCCAUCAGCCUCUCUCCAUUUUCACCUUUGUUCUGCUCAUCCACCUGGUGAUGUAGAUUUAUCCACUGCAAACUCUAUAUUUCCACUUAUCGAAAGUCUCAACUGCAAAACUCGAUUGUUUUUUUGGUAGCUUACUCCCUAAAGGAGAGACCCUCCACGUCCUAUGUUGUUCUUCUCUUCCACACUAUUACUAUUACUAUUUCUGCGCCUCUUCAUUUUCCAUUUCUCUCAAACAUGGGCUGCGCCCAAAAUCUCAUUUUCGCCUUCCCACUUCUCAUUCUCCUCAUCUCCACCACUUCCCACCUCAGAUUAUUCGACGUUGAAGGCCGAAAGCUAUCUCAAACACCGCACAAAUCCCAGACGAGUUUGAAGGAAGAGAAGGCAAUGUGGAGAGCUCAAAUCGGGUCGAGGCCGCCGCGGUGCGAGCGGCGGUGCGGAUCCUGCGCGCGCUGCGAGGCCAUCCAAGUCCCCACCAACGGCCGAAUCAACAGCUCCGGCGCCGUGGCCGUGGGCGUGGCCGGCGCCAGAGACCAAGGCGCCUCCAAUUACAAGCCCAUGAGCUGGAAAUGCAAAUGCGGCAACCUCAUUUUCAACCCUUGAUCUUCAUCUUCAUCUGAUUUUUUUUGUGUUCAUUACUCGUAAUAUAAUAUUAAUAUCAAUAUCCCCAGCCAAAUGAAAUGAAAUCAUAUAUAUCAGAAAAUGUGGAUGUUUCAGUUUCAUUCAAGUCUGUGUAUCUGAAUCUGGGAAAGCAAUUAGGAGCUCUUUUUGUGAGCAUCUUCAAGUUUUCCUCAUUUGGUGGCAUAACCUUUGGGUGACAACUGUUGAUAUAUAUAUUUGUAGAUGUUAAUGCAAUCUUACCCGCCAGAUUGAUGAGGGCAAUCAUAUAUAUAAAUGUAUGAUUUGAUAU